UUGUUGCAUUGAACUUCCGGGAAACAGAAUAAGGUUUGAGGCCUACCCACGAGAGUCGCCGGACAGAAAGCCGCUUUAUUCUGUGAACAGUCCACGCAACAAUGGCCGAGAAUGAUGUUGACAACGAGCUGCUGGACUAUGAGGAGGACGAGGAGCCGCAGGGAGCACCGGAGAGUGCAGUCGUGACGGGCAAGAAGGAGGUGAAGGGUUCAUAUGUCUCCAUCCACAGCUCUGGUUUUCGAGACUUCUUGCUCAAACCUGAGCUCCUUCGUGCUAUCGUCGAUUGUGGUUUCGAGCAUCCGUCUGAAGUGCAACACGAAUGCAUUCCACAAGCCAUUCUGGGCAUGGAUAUCCUCUGCCAGGCUAAGUCUGGUAUGGGAAAAACAGCGGUGUUUGUGCUCGCCACACUACAGCAGAUUGAGCCUGUGGAUGGACAGGUCGCUGUUCUGGUCAUGUGCCACACUCGUGAGCUGGCCUUCCAGAUCAGCAAAGAAUACGAGCGCUUCUCCAAGUACAUGUCCAACGUGAAGUGCUCGGUGUUUUUUGGAGGCCUGCCAAUCAAGAAGGAUGAAGAGGUGCUGAAGAAGAGUUGCCCUCACAUUGUGGUGGGCACACCGGGCAGAAUCCUAGCCCUCGUCCGCAACAAGACCCUCAGCCUCAAAAACAUCAAGCACUUCAUCCUGGAUGAGUGCGACAAGAUGCUUGAACAGCUCGAUAUGCGACGGGACGUGCAGGAAAUCUUCAGGCUGACCCCUCAUGAGAAGCAGUGCAUGAUGUUCAGCGCUACACUUAGCAAGGAGAUCCGGCCCGUCUGUCGCAAGUUCAUGCAAGACCCUAUGGAGGUGUUUGUGGAUGACGAGACUAAGCUGACAUUGCAUGGCCUGCAGCAAUAUUACUGCAAAUUGAAGGACAGCGAAAAGAAUCGUAAACUCUUUGAUCUGCUUGAUGUCCUCGAGUUCAACCAGGUGGUGAUCUUUGUGAAGUCAGUUGCACGUUGCGUGGCUCUCUCUCAGCUGCUGGUGGAGCAGAACUUUCCUGCCAUUGCUAUUCACAGAGGAAUGGUUCAGGAGGAGAGAUUGUCACGGUAUCAGCAAUUCAAGGAUUUCCAGAGGAGGAUCCUGGUGGCGACUAACCUGUUCGGCAGGGGGAUGGAUAUCGAGCGUGUCAACAUCGUCUUCAACUACGACAUGCCUGAAGACUCUGACACUUAUCUGCACAGGGUGGCUCGUGCUGGUCGGUUCGGGACCAAAGGUUUGGCGGUCACCUUUGUGUCGGACGAGACCGACGCCAAGAUCCUCAAUGAUGUUCAGGACCGCUUUGAAGUGAAUGUGGCUGAACUACCUGAGGAAAUCGACAUCUCUUCAUACAUCGAGCAGUCCAGAUGAAUUGUUCCUGUAAUCCAGUAGUGAUUGUGGUGCAUUUGGCAUCUUUGAAGAAUAGAGGAGAAGAUGCCUCUGUAUUUUAUUUUGAUAUCUGUCGACAGAACCCCCCUUCCACCUUCUUAUAAAUUCUGUUAUAUGUAUCUUAAAAUGUGUUUAUUUUAUUGCAGUCUCGGGGGUACUUUUAUAAUUUCCCCUGUUCAUUGUUGGUGUUUGUUGAUUUGACAAUUAAAAAGUUUUUUUUU